AUGUUGCUUCAUUUUUCCAGGACAGUAGAUUUUUACCAAAGAGGAUACAAUGUCUUGUGGUUGACCUUCGACUGUAAUGACAUGAAGCCUGACCUACAUCCAAGUAUCUUGGUAUCAGAGCAUUCAUCUGGGAUUAGGGUUGGAGAUAAAGGAAGGAAGGAGGUUGGAGGAGCUCAACUCAAGAGGGUUGAGUUGCUAGAGACAGAAUUAGGGCAUGUGUACGAUCGAAUGGAGAAUCCAGGGCAUCUGAUCCAACAUACUGCUGACUCCAUGGCCUCUCUUCAGCUGAAGAUGGAGCAGAAGUUCGAAGAGGUUUUGAUGGCAAUAGCCAAGAGCCACCUAGAAGAACCAAAUGGAAAGAAAUCAGUGGGAGAAGAGCACAACAGCGACCCUGUUUUUUCGCGGGUGGAGACAACGAAAGGGACAAACCCUACGAGAUUCAGUGGAGGUUCAAGAAAUGAAAUAGGAGGUGGUUCCGACGGUGGAGGCGGUGGCCAUACAACCGGAGGCGAAUACAACGGAGGAACCAACUGGAGAAUCAAGAAGCUAGAGAUACCGCUAUUUAAUGGAAAUAAUUCGAAUGGCUGGGUUCUUGAGGCAGAGAGAAGAUUUGUAGAUUAUCAAUUAUCAGAAGAAGAAAAACUGGAGGUUGCGGUAGCGGCACUAGAGGGCUACGCUGCUCUCUGGUAUGAUGAAGAACACUAUCGUCGACCCAUUAGAGAUUGGGAAGAACUAAAAUUCCUAAUCCUCUGGCGAUUUGGAUCCUCAAUGUUCGCAGCGGAGUCAUGGUGGUCGGACUACCAUGGUGGAAGGCAGUCGGAGCACCGAUGCAAAAAUGGGCCUAAAAUUGACAAUUGGGCUGAAACUAACACCUUGGGCUCACAUAAACCGAGUCAGGAAAGCGACUUGUUAAAAGGUAACAGUUUAAAAUCCAGCCCAAUCUUUAUUAAAUCAGUUAAUUAUGAAGAGAACUUAGGGGUAUUUGGUUUAGCUUUUCAAGUCCAAAAGUCCUUUUUAAAAAAGAAAAAAAAAACGAAAGAUGAUUGGCAAAGCUGGUUUUAA